GAAUUCCCCCCAGUUUGCAACUCCCAGUCAAAAAUGACUCGUACUUCACAUCACAAUUUUUAAGAUUGUUAUCUUGCACUAUCUACCACAUUCAACGUGAAAUCCGACUCGGUGGCUCCUUCACCUCGCAUUGUUGCGCUUUUGGCCCGCAGGGCUGGAAUGCUUAAUUCCACCAUGGCACUAGUCGAAACUUCCGCAGGAUAUGCGCCCGUGAAAGAGAAGAACCCAUUUGAAGAACCCCCCGCAGUUGUGAUUACCCCUUCUGAUCCAUGGCCGCGACCAUAUUAUCUAGAGAAUGGGUUGCGCAGAGUCGCGCCGUACCAUUUCACCUACAAUACGUACUGCAAACAAAGAUGGAGGGGAAGAGAAAUACUAGAUAUAUUUUCAAGUGAAUUCCGAGAUAGGCCAUUGGAAUAUUAUGUACGUUAGGAAUAUUCGAAGCAAAUUGGAGCCCUGCUGACAGGCUUAGAAAGAUGCCAUGGAACGCGGAGCUAUUGCUGUGAAUGGCAAACCCGUCGAAUCAACUUCGCAGAUUAUAAAGAAUGGAGAUGUUAUAUCACACACCCUGCAUCGACAUGAACCCCCUGUUACAGCUCUUCCAAUAUCAAUUGUGCAUGAAGAUGAAGAUAUCAUCGUGAUAAACAAACCUUCCGGCGUUCCGGUCCACCCUGCCGGUCGAUACAAUUAUAACUCUGUAGUUGAAAUCAUGAGAGCUGAGCGCGGUCAUGGCUGGAAUCCUUUGCCGUGUAAUAGGUUGGAUAGGUUAACUAGUGGCAUUAUGUUCAUUGGAAAGCAUGCCAAGGCUGCAGAAGCACUAAGUUUACAAAUAUCAGGGCGCACUGUCAGAAAAGAGUAUAUAGCACGAGUAAAAGGAAAGUUCCCGGACGGAGAAGUGGUUUGUGACAUGCCAAUUCUGCAGAUAUCGCCGAAAUUGGGACUGAAUCGUGUUCGGGCAAGUGGUAAAGCCGCUCGCACUGUCUUCAAGCGCCUAGCAUAUUAUCCGCCGGAAAACCUCCUAGAACAAGUUGAUGGCAGCUCCGAGCCGAUGGAGCUAGACAAGUCGGAACCAUCGAUGAACAAGGAGGGCUAUUCGAUCGUUAGAUGCCUUCCAGUCACAGGACGUACACAUCAACUCAGAGUUCAUUUACAAUUUUUGGGUCAUCCUAUUGGCAAUGAUCCUAUAUAUUGCAACCAACGCGUAUGGGGGACGAGACUUGGGGAAAAUGAUUCUGAUGCAACUCAAGAUACGGAUGAAGAUAUUAUAACUCGUCUUUCGAGGAUGGGCAAGUCAGAAGUUGCUGAUGCUGUAGCCUACCAUGAUGAGAUGGUAGACGAAUACAACAAGAAAAAGGCCGAGAAGAUGUCUGGAGAGCUAUGCGACGUAUGUCAGACCCCUUUAUAUACUGACCCAGGUGAGCAAGAGCUGUCUCUGUGGCUCCACAGCCUCCGCUAUGAGGAUGCCGGGGGUUCUUGGAGUUACGUGAGCCCUCUCCCAACAUGGGCCUUACCUCCUGCCGGUAUGGAUGGACCGACAGAAGUUGGAGGUAUGGAAGAGCUGGUCAAGGCCGUCAAGGAAGACAACCCUGAAAUCGCAUGAGCCCUGUAACGUCCUCUGUUUGAUACAUUCUUCUGAAUGUACUUGACAGCCAAAGGCAUAGUAUAUAGUUCAUCGGAAGUAACGACCUUUUCAGUUCAUCGAAUCAAACGCCUUCGUUACAGCAUUUUGGUGGCAGGUAUUAGCGAGGCGAGAUAGUCAAUAUUUCUGUUAGAGCCCGCUCGGCAUCCGACUCAUAUAGACGGCAACUUUACCAAACAAACCACAAGAUUUACGGGUUUGACUUAAUGGUUUAUCAACAAUUCAAUAUAUACCUGUCUAUGCUUGAAAAUUUGAAUUGAUAAAUGUUUCACGGAAUUUGAUCCACCUAUCUAUCAAAAAUCCAAAU